AUGUCCAUUGGGAGUCUGUUAGUUCAAGAUAAUAAGGAAGGGAAGGAACAGACAGUCUACUAUCUGAGCAGAACUCGGCCAGAAGUAGAAAAGAAAUAUUAUGCAAUUCAAAGACUUUGUCUAGCCUUAUACUUCAAUGUUGUGAAACUCAGACACUAUAUAUUGCCAUUCACCAUCUACAUCAUUGCCAAGAUAAAUAUGAUCAAAUACAUGCUAACAAGGCCAAUGUUGAGAGGCAGAAUUUGCAAAUGGACUCUGGCUUUGACAGAAAUUGCUUUCAGAUAUGUUCCUGAGAAAGUUGUCAAAGGACAAGCUGUAGCAGAUUUCCUAGCAGAUCAUCCAGGGGAAGAGAUUGAAAAUAUGGAUUCUUUGGAUAUAGCAGAUGUGUUGACCAGAGCUCAUACCUGCCUUAACAAUCCCAUCUAUUUUGUUCACCUCACACCUUGGAAGCUGUACUUUGAUAGAUCAAAAAAUGAUGUAGCUUCUGGGGCAAUGAUUGUUUUGGAGGAACCACUGGGGAUCAAACACUAUUAUUCUUUCCAGUUAGAUUUCCAAUGCACCAAUAACAGGGCUGAAUAUGAAGCUUUAAUCAUUGGCCUCGAAAUGCUGGUGGAAUUGGGAAUCCAAUCUGUGGAAAUUUUAGGUGACUCUAUGCUAGUGUCAAAACAAAUUGCAGGAGAAUACAAAUGUCUAAAUCCUUAUCUAGCUGUCUAUCUAGUGGCAGCUAGGAAUCUUCUGACAGAACUGGCUCAGAUAGCAACAGGGGUACAAAUGCCUGAAGACUGUGUCCAAAGGAUCAUCAGGGUAUGA